GGCCUGCGCGUGGCCGGCUUCUUCCUGCACCCGCCCACUCAGGUCUUCGUGGUGGUCCUCAACCGCAGCCUGGAGGCGCGCCGCACCUACAACCUCAAGAUCGUCUACAGCGCCCUCAUCGAGAACGAGCUGCUCGGCUUCUUCCGCAGCUCCUACGUGCUGCACGGCGAGAGGAGAUUUCUUGCUGUUACGCAGUUUUCUCCUACUCAUGCCAGAAAAGCCUUUCCUUGCUUUGAUGAACCCAUCUACAAAGCCACUUUCAAAAUCAGCAUCCGGCAUCAAGCAACCUAUUUGUCUUUGUCCAAUAUGCCAGUUGAAACUUCUGUUUUUGAAGAAGAUGGAUGGGUUACGGAUCACUUUUCACAGACUCCACUUAUGUCCACAUAUUAUCUAGCUUGGGCUGUUUGCAACUUUACUUACCGAGAGACGAUCACCAAGAGUGGAGUUGUUGUGAGAUUGUAUGCCAGGCCGGAUGCAAUCAGAAGAGGAUCUGGAGACUAUGCUCUAAAUAUUACAAGGAGACUCAUUGAAUUUUAUGAAGACUACUUUAAAGUGCCCUAUUCCCUGCCCAAAUUAGAUCUGUUAGCUGUGCCUAAGCAUCCGUAUGCUGCUAUGGAGAACUGGGGACUAAGUGUUUUUGUGGAGCAAAGGAUACUGCUUGAUCCAAGCAUUUCGUCUAUACCCUACUUAUUGGAUGUCACCAUGGUCAUCGUACAUGAGUUAUGCCAUCAGUGGUUUGGUGACCUUGUGACUCCAGUGUGGUGGGAGGACGUGUGGCUAAAAGAAGGUUUUGCUCACUAUUUUGAAUUUGUUGGGACAGACUACCUCUACCCAGGCUGGAAUAUGGAAAAGCAGAGAUUUCUGACAGAUGUCGUACAUGAAGUGAUGCUGCUUGAUGGUUUGGCCAGUUCACAUCCAGUAUCACAGGAGGUGCAACAAGCCACAGACAUUGACAGGGUGUUUGACUGGAUCGCCUACAAAAAGGGUGCAGCUUUAAUUCGAAUGUUGGCUAAUUUUAUGGGUCACUCGGUGUUUCAGAUGGGCUUACAAGACUAUUUAACCAUUCACAUGUAUGGUAAUGCAGCCAGAAACGAUCUCUGGAAUAUACUGUCAAAGGCACUAAAAAAAGUUGGAAAAUCAGUAAAUAUUCAAGAAGUAAUGGAUCAAUGGACAUUACAGAUGGGUUACCCUGUUAUCACCAUCAUAAGAAAUGAAACUGCAGUCAAUACCGUAGAAAUCUUUCAAGAGCGCUUUAUUUAUGACAUAAAUGCUAAAACCAAGGAUCCCAUUCUUGGAAACAACAGCUACUUGUGGCAGAUUCCAUUAACAAUUGCAGUAGGAAAUACGAGCCACAUCUCAUCAGAGGCAAUUAUAUGGGUGUCUAACAAAUCAGAAUACCACAGAAUUCCUGCCUUAGAUGAGGCAAACUGGUUGCUGGGUAACAUCAAUCAAACUGGCUACUUCAGGGUUAACUAUGACAUUAGGAAUUGGAGGCUGUUAAUUAACCAACUGAUGAGAAACCACGAGGUUAUCUCAGUCAGUAAUCGAGCAGGUUUGAUCGAUGAUGCAUUCAAUUUAGCCAGAGCUGGCUAUUUGCCUCAAAGUAUUCCUCUGGAGAUUAUCGGAUACCUUUCUGAAGAGAAGGAUUUUCUGCCUUGGCAUGCUGCCAGCCGAGCUCUUUAUCCUCUAGAUAAAUUAUUGGACCGCACAGAAAACUACAACAUUUUCAAUGAAUAUAUUUUAAAACAAGUUGCAUCGAUGUAUCUCAAGCUUGGAUGGCCAACAAAUAAUUUAAACAGAUCCCUUAUUCAAGCUCCCUAUCAACAUGAAGAAUUGCGUCGAGAAGUCAUCAUGCUGGCCUGCAGCUUUGGUAACAAACACUGUCACCAGCAAGCUGCAACAUUAAUCUCCGAUUGGAUUUCCAGCAACAGAAACCGAAUCCCACUUAACGUCAGAGACAUUGUCUACUGUACAGGAGUUUCAUUGAUGGAUGAAGAUGUAUGGGAGUUCAUUUGGAUGAAAUUCCACUCUACCACAGCAGUAUCUGAGAAGAAAAUACUGUUGGAAGCCUUAACUUGCAGUGAUGACAGAAACUUAUUAAACAGGCUUCUGAAUCUGUCCCUCAAUUCAGAAGUUGUCCUGGAUCAGGAUGCAAUUGAUGUCAUAAUCCAUGUUGCUCGAAAUCCACAUGGCAGGGAUCUUGCCUGGAAGUUUUUCAGAGAGAAAUGGAAAAUAUUAAAUACCAGGUACGGAGAAGCAUUAUUUAUGAAUUCUAAACUUAUCAGUGGCGUCACAGAAUUCCUUAAUACCGAGGUAGAACUAAAUGAGCUAAAGAACUUUAUAAAGAGCUAUGAGGAGGGAGCUGCUGCCUCUUUCUCUCGAGCUGUGGAAACAGUGGAAGCCAAUGUGCGAUGGCAAAAGCUUUAUAAAGAAGAACUCUUCCAGUGGCUAAGAAAAUCCCUGGCACACUAA